UCGAGUUGCUUCGAUCAGUGAAUUAUAAUCACCAAUCUGGGAAGAGCGUUAUCAGAAAAGAUUAUAAAUAUCAGUUGAUGGUUGAACAUAAAAACAUACAUUUCAAAAAAGUGAUACUGUCGUGCAUUUUUCUUUUCGGGACAUUUUCAAAGUGAUUUGAAGGUUGCGGUGUUAGAGAAUUGAAAGGCUAACAAUCAUGUCGGCUAUAGAGUCCGUUAGGAAAGAACUAAAUAAUAUCCAAAUUAAUAAGAAAACUCGCAAUUGGUUACAUCGUGGGAAAUCUGAUAAUGAUAUGUCACGAAGGAUUUCUCGGGUUGAGUCCAACUUGGACCUAUUGGACUUUUUUGAUCGUGGCUAUACAGCAACACGCGAAAACAGAUGGACCUUCGAAAUUGCGUGGGAAGUUGCAAACAAAGUUGGAGGAAUUUACACUGUCAUCAGAUCAAAAGCGUACGUUUCAACGGAAGAAAUGGGCGAACAACUUUGCCUUCUAGGUCCCUACAAAGAGCAGUGUGCCCGAACUGAAGUGGAAGAAGGUGAUUUUCCACGUGGAAGCCCUUUGCAAGAUGCUGUCAACAAUAUCCGCGCAAGGGGAUACAAGCUUCACACGGGAAGAUGGUUGGUUGAUGGAAGUCCACAGGUCGUUCUUUUUGAUAUUGGAUCGGGAGCGUGGAAAUUAGAUCAGUAUAAAACGGAACUGUGGGAGAAAGCCUCAAUUGGCAUUCCACAUAUGGACAUCGAGUGCAAUGAUGCAAUUAUUUUAGGCUACAUGAUUGCGGAAUUUAUUGAAGAGUUCAAACGAUGUGCAAAUGAUUAUUCUGAGGAUCAUGAGAUCAGAAAUCCUAGGAUUGUGACACACUUCCAUGAGUGGCAGGCAGGUGUUGGCCUGAUUGCACUUCGCACACGCCUUGUAGAAGUGGCUACAGUUUUCACGACACACGCCACCCUGCUCGGACGCUAUUUAUGUGCCGGCAACACCGAUUUUUAUAACAAUCUAAGUAAAUUUUCCGUAGACGAAGAAGCCGGUAAACGACAAAUUUACCAUAGGUAUUGCCUAGAGCGAGCAGCUACCCACCUUGCCCAUGUGUUCACAACAGUAUCAGAAAUUACAGGUUAUGAGGCGGAACAUCUUCUAAAACGAAAGCCAGACAUAAUCACGCCAAAUGGGCUCAAUGUCAAGAAAUUUUCUGCCAUUCACGAGUUCCAGAAUUUGCAUGCAAUGGCUAAAGAUAAAAUUCAUGAAUUCAUUCGAGGCCACUUUUACGGACACAUGGAUUUCGAUUUAGAGAAAACACUUUACUUUUUCAUCGCUGGACGAUAUGAAUUCGGAAACAAGGGAGCUGACAUUUUCAUCGAAUCCCUCGCUCGUCUCAAUGGUCUUCUAAAGCAUGAAAACUCUGAAACGACAGUGGUAGCUUUCCUGAUUUUCCCAACAAAAACUAAUAAUUUCAAUGUUGACUCACUGCGAGGACACGCUGUAGUAAAGCAGCUUCACGAUACAAUUCAGCACGUGCAGCAACAAAUAGGCAAACGAAUGUAUGAUACUUGUUUAAGAGGUCGACUACCAGACAAUCAUGAUUUACUUACAAAAGAUGAUAUUGUUAAGAUCAAACGUUGCCUGUAUGCAAUGCAGAGAGACUCAUUACCACCAGUUACUACUCACAAUAUCGUUGACGACUGGAACGAUCCAGCCUUAAAUGCAAUUCGUCGUUGCCAGCUUUUCAACACAGUACACGAUCGUGUUAAAAUGGUAUUUCAUCCAGAAUUCUUGUCAUCUACAAAUCCGUUGUUCGGCAUUGAUUACGAAGAAUUCGUUCGAGGUUGUCAUUUAGGUGUUUUUCCGUCAUAUUAUGAACCUUGGGGUUAUACUCCAGCCGAAUGUACCGUCAUGGGCAUUCCAAGUAUUACAACAAAUUUAUCUGGAUUCGGCUGUUUCAUGCAGGAGCACAUUGCUGAUCCUAAAUCUUAUGGUAUUUAUAUUGUUGAUAGGCGCUACAUUGGACUAGAGCAGAGUGUACAACAACUAUCGCAUUACAUGUAUGAUUUCACCAAACUGAAUAGACGACAACGUGUCAUUCAGAGAAAUCGUACCGAACGUUUGAGUGAUUUGAUGGAUUGGAAGACAUUGGGAAUUUACUAUCGACAAGCACGCGUGAAAGCGCUACAGAAAGUUUAUCCAGACUAUGUAGAUGAGGGUCCUGCCUAUGUUGACCAAAGUCGAAACUUCAAUUACCCUCGACCCUUGAGUGCUCCAUCUAGCCCAAGCUCUUCUCGUCAUACAACACCAGCAGCUUCUCGUCACGGUUCCGAUGAGGAAGAUUCCGUCGACGAAGAGGGCGAGCUUCAUGAGCUAGGACUUAGACAAAAUGGAAAUUAAAUUUCAAAUGCAUCUAUUUCAUUUUACAAUGUUCACACUCCACAAAAGCCAAUCAAUCAACUGGCACAUCGCUUGUUUUUAAAUAAAUUGAGAAUAUAUUUAGAAAAAUUGAAAAAAGAACAAAAAGUAUGUAAGCAUUAUCCAAUACCAUUAAUAUCCUUAGCGAAAACGUUUCCUGCCCAAUUUUAUUGUCUUUAUCAUUUUCAUCUUCCGUGAGAUUUGUGUGUCUAUUAAGGACAAACAUGAAAAAAAAAAUAUUUUAACAUUUCUAAAAGAAAAUGAAAGUAUAGCUUAUAAAUAUACUAUUGUUGAAUAUU